AUGGUGCUGCCGCCCCCGGACAAGCGGCACGUCUGCCUCACCACGAUGGUCAUCAUGACCAGCAUGGCGUUCAUGGACGCCUACCUGGUGGAGCAGAACCAGGGCCCCCGUAAGAUUGGCGUCUGCAUCAUCGUCCUGGUAGGAGACCUCUGCUUUCUGAUUGUGCUGCGCUAUGUGGCCGUCUGGGUGGGGGCCGAGGUGAAGACCGCCAAGCGCGGCUACGCGAUGAUCCUGUGGUUUCUCUACAUCUUUGUGCUGGAAAUCAAACUGUAUUUUAUCUUCCAGAACUACAAGGCUGAUAAGAGAAACCUGGAGACGGUGGCCAGGAAGGCCCUCACCCUGCUGCUCUCCAUCUGCGUGCCGGGGCUGUACCUGGUGCUGGUGGCCCUGGACAGCAUGGAGUACAUACGCACCUUCCGGAAGAAGGAGGACUUGCGGGGGCGCCUCUUCUGGGUGGCCCUGGACCUGCUGGACAUCCUGGACAUCCAGGCCAACCUCUGGGAGCCCCACAAGACGGGGCUGCCCAUCUGGGCCGAGGGACUCAUGUUCUUCUACUGCUACAUCCUGCUCCUGAUCCUGCCCUGCGUGUCCCUCAGCGAGAUCAGCAUGCAGGGGGAGCACAUCGCGCCCCAGAAGAUGAUGCUCUACCCGGUCCUCAGCCUGGCCACCAUCAACGUCGCCACCAUCUUCAUCCGGGCCGUCAACAUGGUCCUCUUCCGGGACAGCCGGGUCUCCACCAUCUUCAUCGGCAAAAACAUCAUCGCCAUCGCCACCAAGGCCUGCACCUUCCUGGAGUACAAGAAGCAGGUGAAGGAGUUCCCGCCACACGCCGUGGCGCUCGAGCUGCAGCAGAACUCCGUGCCGCACGGCCCGGCCGGCCGCGGCGCACAAGGCCUCGCGCACGAGCAGUCCCCCGCCAGGGAGGCCGUGGACACAUGA